UGCGCGCUGCGCUCACACGCACCGGGCGGGCGGCGGGGCCUGGGGCUGCGCGGGGCGAUGGCGGCCGGCGGCGCGGGCGGAGGCGGCGGAGUCCCGGCAGGUCUGAGCCGUUCCCCUGCCCCCCAUGAGCUGAGCCCCCCCGGCCCGGAGCUCUAGUCGCCCAGCGCCAGGCCCCGACCAUGAAUUACAAGGAAACCACAGAGCUCUCCGAGAACCAUCACUUGAAGGUUUUCCUGCCCAAGAAGCUGGUGGAGUCUCUCCCCAAAUGCCCUGCCCUCCCCAAGGAGCGACUGCGCUGGAAUACCAACGAGGAAAUCGCCUCCUAUCUCAUCACCUUCGAGCGGCACGAGGAAUGGCUGUCGGGCUCCCCCAAGACCCGCCCCCAGAACGGCUCCAUCAUCCUGUACAACCGGAAGAAGGUGAAGUACCGCAAGGACGGCUACUGCUGGAAGAAGCGUAAGGAUGGCAAGACCACGCGGGAGGACCACAUGAAGCUGAAGGUGCAAGGGACGGAGUGUCUCUACGGCUGCUACGUCCACUCCUCCGUCGUCCCCACGUUCCACCGACGGUGCUACUGGCUGCUGCAGAACCCCGACAUCGUCCUGGUGCACUACCUCAACGUGCCGGCCCUGGAGGACUGCGCCAAGGCCUGCGGGCCCAUCCUCUGCUCCGUCAACGGCGACCGCAAGGAGUGGCUGAAGUGGUCCAAGGAGGAACUGGUCAACCAGCUGAAACCCAUGUUCCACGGGAUAAAGUGGACCUGCAGCAACGGGAACGGGACCACGGAGUUCUCCAUCGAGGAGCUGGUGCAGCAGAUCCUGGAGAGCCACCAGGCCAAGCCCCCGCCCCGCACCCACGCCUGCCUCUGCAGCAGCAGCAGCCUCGGCAGCCCGGGGCACGUCCCGCACAAGUGCAGCACCACCAGGCAUCGCAUCAUCUCCCCGAAGGUGGCGCGGCCCUGCCCGGUCCCGGCCCCGGCCCUCCCCGAGCCGCCGCGCCCGACCGACCCCGAGCCGGAGCCGGAGCCGGCCAAGCCUGACCGGAAGGAGCCCCCGGCCCCCGCCGAGCCCCCCUCCCCGGACGCCCCCCGGCCCUCGCCCGCCGUGGCCCUGUCGGUGGGGCUGCCCGGCAGCGCCGUCCUGGUGAUGACCGGCCUGGAGAAGCCGCUGGCCCUCACGCCCAGCCAGCACCUGGUGGCGGGCGACCCGCCGGGCGGCCCGGUGGGCCUGGCCCUGCUGCCGGGCCCCGGGCUGGUCCUGUCCCAGAACCUGGAGGCCAGCAUGGAGACGGGGGAGGCCGGCUCGGACGCCUUCGACCCCGACUGCUUCCUCAACAGCCCCGCCCGGGGCCAGACCUACGGGCGCCGGGCCCCAGAGCCGCCCCCGGCCGGCAACUGCUUCUUCAUCCAGGACGACGGGGGGGCGCCGGGGCGGGGGGGCGGGCGGCCCCCGGCCGGGGAGACCCCCAUGGAGACGGGGGGGCCCCGGCCGGGCGGCGGGGCCGGGGAGCAGCUGCCGGAGGAGCUGUACUCCAUCAUCCCGGCCGGGGGCGGGAGGGGGCCGGACCUGCCCUUCGGCCUCUCCCUGGAUAGCCUCAUCUCCGAGCUCAUGACGGAGGGGGCCGGGGCCGGGGAGGGGGGCAGCCCCCCGCGCCCAGCCCUGCCCGACGCCCCCGGCGAGGCUGCCCCCCCGGGCGGCUCGGCAGCUCCGGAGACGCUGGUCACCAUCACCGACUUCUCGCCGGACUGGUCCUACCCCGAGGGCGGCGUCAAGGUGCUGAUCACGGGGCCGUGGACGGAGGAGACGGAUUCCUACACCUGCCUCUUCGACCAGGUGGCCGUGCCGGCCGCACUGAUCCAGUCGGGCGUCCUGCGUUGCUACUGCCCCGCCCACGAGGCCGGGCUGGUGGCCCUGCAGGUGGCCCGCGACACCCGGCUGGUCUCCACCUCGGUGCUGUUCGAGUACCGGGGCCGCGGGUUCCUGGCGCUGCCCAGCACCCAGCUGGACUGGCUCUCCUUGGACGAUAACCAGUUCAGGAUGUCGAUCCUGGAGCGCCUGGAGCAGAUGGAGAAGCGGAUGGCAGAGAUGACGGCUUCCUCCCGGCAGCAGCGGGGGGCCGCGGGGGAGACCCCCCCCACGCAGACGGUGGCGGACUCCUUCGAGGAGCGGAUCGUGGCCCUGUGCGAGACGAUGAUGUCUCGCUCCUCCUGGCUCCACUCAGACACCCUGGUCCAUGACAUCCGCUUCCGGGGCAUGACCCUGCUUCACCUCGCAGCCGCCCAGGGCUACGCCCGGCUCAUCGAGACCCUCAUCAAGUGGCGGAACCUCAGUGCCGAGAGCCUCGAUCUGGAGCAGGAAGUGGACCCGCUGAACGUCGACCACUUUUCCUGCACCCCCCUGAUGUGGGCCUGCGCCCUGGGCCACCUGGACGCGGCCCUCCUGCUGUACCGCUGGGACGGCCGGGCCCUCUCCAUCCCAGACUCGCUGGGCCGGCUGCCCCUGGCCGUGGCUCGCUCCCGGGGCCACGUGGCCCUCGCCGCCCGCCUGGAGGAUCUGCAGCGCCAGGAGCCGAGCCCCGAGGGCGCCGUGGACAAGGGCUGGGGGCCGCCGUGCCCGCCCGAGGCCCUGGGCCUCCCCUCCCCGCUCUCCGCCAGCCCCGACACAGGGCUCAGCACGGUGAGCAGCGUCUCCUCGCCCUCGGAGCUCUCGGACGGCUCCGUCUCCGUCACCUCGGCCUACUCCAGCGCCUCGGCCCUGCGCGACUCGCCCGCCGGCAGCCCCGAGCCCGAGGCCGCCAUGGACUUCGGGCCGCCCCCCGAGGGCUGGUACCUGCGGGACCCCCCGAGCCCGCCUGGCCUGCGCUGCUCCCCCCACUUCUUCAUGGACUACGAGGGGGCCCCCGAGCCGGAGCUGCUGGCUUACGGGGAGAACGCGGAGAACGAGGGGUACCUGCCGGCCACUGACGUGCUCCAGAGCUGGGGAGAGAACCCAGGCGUCCGGGCGCUCCCCCCCCCGCAGGUGGACAUGAUCACGCUGGCCAAGCAGAUCAUCGAGGCAACGCCGGAGCACAUCAAGCAGGAGGGUUUCAGCUCCGCGGCCGAGGUGCCGCUGCGGGAACGAAGCGGGAACAUGGGGCUGAGUGAGACCAUGUCCUGGCUGGCCGGCUACCUGGAGAGCGUGGACCAGCUGCCCGGCGUCUCCCACCACAGGCCGGUGCCCUCGUCCCGGGUGUGUCUCAGCCCCCUGCAGGCCCCGCUGGGGGAGCUGCCCUUCGACCGGCUGCCCCCGCCCCCCACGGCCGCCAGCUGGGCCGAGUUCCUCAACGCCUCGGCCAACGGGAAGAUGGAGAGCGAGUUCGCGCUGCUGACGCUGUCCGACCACGAGCAGCGCGAGCUCUACGAGGCUGCCCGCAUCAUCCAGACGGCCUUCCGCAAGUACAAGGGCCGCCGGCUGAAGGAGCAGCAGGAGACCGCGGCGGCUGUGAUCCAGCGAUGUUACCGCAAGUAUAAGCAGCUCACGUGGAUCGCCUUGAAGUACGCCCUGUAUAAGAAGAUGACGCAGGCAGCCAUCCUGAUCCAGAGCAAGUUCCGCAGCUACUACGAGCAGAAGAAGUUCCAGCAGAGCCGCCGGGCCGCGGUUCUGAUCCAGCAGUGUUACCGCAGCUACAAGGAGUACGAGAAGCUGAAGCAGGGCCACCGCGCCUCCGCCGCCAUGCAGCAGAAGAUGAAGGGCACUUUCCUUACGAAGAAGCAGGACCAGGCAGCCCGUAAGAUCAUGCGGUUUCUGCGUCGUUGCCGGCACAGGAUGAAGGAACUCAAGCAAAGCAAAGAGGUGGAAAGUUUACAGAAGCGAGGUCUGGCCACUUAGCGCCUCCCCCUGCGGCCUGCCAAAGCCCGGGGCAGCCACGCCGGGAACCCAGGCAUCCGGGGCCGGCCGCCCCCACCUUCGCUCCCCUUCUGAAACUGUGACGACAGAGUCUUAACCCCCCGGUGGCGACGGAUCGCGGCCUCACCUGGGGGGGUGUCCCGGCCCCCCCG